AUGGAUAAAUCAACAACGCUUGCAUUGGCGGAGAGGUGCAAAAUACUAUCUUCAGGAACUUAUACUAUUAAUAUUAAUGACAUUCCAUAUCAUAUUAAAAUUGAAACACUUCCAUUGUCAAUUGAUUUUAAUAAAAAUAUUCAAAGAAUGAUGUCUGAUUAUUUUACUCAUAUUAAAAAUAAUGCUGCUAAAGAGGGAAUAUGUGAAAAUAAAAUUAUUCAAUUAAAAAAUAAUGAAACAAAAUAUCAUGAGAUUUCACCUAUAUCAAUUGAUUCAAUGUUUGAAUUAGGAAAACGUCUUUCAUUAUCAUGGUAUGAUGAUACAAAUACAAAUGAAGAUUUAAAAUUUUUAUGGAGACCUUUAAUAACAAAAACGCAAAUAUUACCUUUGAUAUGUAUAAUCAAAACAAAUAAAGAAUAUAUUUUUAUUAAAUUAAUAGACAAUGAAUUUAUUUAUAAUAUUAAGAAAAUUUCACUUUUUUCAUAUCAAAAUUAUGAUAUAUUUUCUCAACAAUUUCAUUUGAUAAUAUGUCAAAUGUUAAAUAUUUUUUAUUCACUUAGUAUUAAAGGAAUAUUCCCUGUUUAUAAUUUAAAUGAUUUUAUUGCAAACAAAAAUUUAUGGUUUCAAUUAAAUUUAAUUGAUAUUAUCAAAAAUAUUAGUAAUGAUUGUAUUAAUUUUGAAAAAAAAAUUGUACCAUCUUCUGUUAUUGUUGAUAUUAAUCAAAAUUCAUGGUCUUUGGAAGAACUUACCAAAUUAUGGAGACAUAGAAAAUUAUCUAAUUUUGAUUAUAUUAUAAAGUUAAAUGAAUUUGCUGGUAGAACUAAAGAUGAUUUAAAUUAUUAUCCUAUAAUGCCAUGGGUUUGUGAUUUUACCUCAGAAACAGGAGGAUGGAGAUGUUUAGAUAAAACAAAAUAUCGUAUAGUUAAAGGUGAUGAUCAAUUAAAAGAACAAUAUAAUCGUUUUCCAUCACAUCAUAUCCCUGAACUUUUAUCAGAUAUUUGUGUAAUGAGUUAUCGUGCACGUGUUGAAUCAAAAGAAAAAUUAUGUCAAAUUGUUAGAAGAAAUUGGGAACCAAAUGAAUAUCCAAGAAGUAUUGAAAAAAUGUAUACAUGGUCACCAGAUGAAUGUAUACCUGAAUUUUAUAGUGAUCCAAAAAUAUUUUGUAGUAUACAUGAAGAUAUGAAUAAUCUUGAAUUACCUUAUUGGACAAAAACAGAAGAACAAUUUAUUAAAUGGCAUAAAGAUAUGUUAGAAAGUGAGGAAGUUUCUGAAAAUUUACAUAAAUGGAUUGAUUUAACUUUUGGUUAUUUAUUAACAGGACAAAAUGCUGUUGAUGCUCUUAAUGUUCAUUUAAGUUAUAUAAGAAAAAGUGAUGAUAUAUUAAGAACAUAUGGUGUUGUACAAUUAUUUACCUCACCACAUCCUAAAAGAUUUCCUCAAUCUAAUAGAGGAGAAAUUAUUGAAUUUUUACCAUUAUAUAAUGAUUAUUUACCAAGUGAUGAAAAUUUAACUGUUUAUAAAGAAGGUGAAAAUUUUAAUUUAAAACAACUUCUUAUUGAUAUUUAUUCUUCAAAUGAUUUUGUACCUAUUUAUGUUGAAAGUUCUCUUACCUCAAUAGCUGUUUGCAUUGUUGAAUUAUGUUUACCAGAAAAUUGUAGAGAUUUACUUGAGAAUGCUCCUUUUGAACAAAGAUUGAAAAGAGCAAGAUUUUUAUUUAAUGAUUGUUUUUACAAAUUACCAAGGAAUUUAGCAAGUACCUUAAAAAAAUUUUUAUUUAAUAAUAUUCCUUCAACAAUUACAAGUAAUCCAUUAGAAGUUCGAAAUCCACUUAUUAAUCAUUUUAAUUUAUCAGAGAGUGCUUAUGUUGCCAAUUUAUUAUUAUUACGAUAUUAUUCAAUAAAAUAUAAAUGGAAAAUUGCUGUUAUUAAAAAUGAAAAAGAAAAAUGUAGAGAAUUGGUAAAAAAUCAAGUAGAUAUUUUAUGGGAAUUGAUUGGUAUUGAAGGAUUUGAUUCAUUAUGGGUAGAUUUAUUUAUUUCAUUGAUAACAAUUAAUGAACAUGCAUUAUCUGUUUGUUUUUUACUUUUUUCAAGAGUAACAACAUGUGACAAAAUAUACCAUCCAAAAUUAAUUGCUGCAGUUAAAAAACUUUAUGAUGAUUUUAAUUUACAACAUGAUCCAAGUAUAAUUAAAUUACUUGAUAGAAGAUUUUUAUUACAGCUAUGUAUACGUUUUGGAACAAGAAUUUUUACAAAAACAUUUUUAAAACCAAUUAUUAAAAAAAUUUUAUACUCAUCUGAUCCUGGUGUUAUAACUGUUGCUAAGGAAUCUUCUAUUUGGUUAGCUAAAAGAUUUGGUCCUAUAAUUACUGUUUCCACUUUAAUACCUGAAUUAUUAAAAUUAUUUGAACAUUGUUAUACUAAAGUUGAAGAUAUUUUUGAAGUUAAUCUUGAUAUUGUAGUAAAUGGUGAUGAAAAUGUCUCAAAUAUAACGGAUGUUUUAAUAGAAAUAACUGUUAUGUAUGGUCCUUCUAUAAUAAUUAAUUGUUUUUUACCUUAUUUUAAACAAUUAUUUUUACAAGCAUCAACACAAAGAUUAAUACAAACUCAAGAAUCUUUGAUUAUAUCAUCAAAUCAUUUUUUACUUUUAAUGUGUAAUUGUUUAUUUGAUAAUCAAUUAAUGGAUAAUUUACAUACAAUUAUUGAUGAUAUUCUUUUACCAGCUGUCAAAAUAUUAUCAUCUUCUGUAAUAACAUUUUCAAGUACUAGUUCAAGACGUUUAUAUGCCUCAAAACUUCUUAAAUGGCUUCAUUUAUUAGCAUGUAGAAUAGGUUCAGAAAUUGUACAACGUUUCAUGCAACAUAUCAUUCAACGUCUUUUUUGUAAUUUUUCAAUUAUUUAUUCUAUUAGUGAUACUGAUGGAAUUGUUAUUGAUUCUAAAAAUAGUACACCACAAUUAUUAUCUAUUUUUGAUACAAAAUUUGCUAAACUUUGUUUACAUAUAUUCUCACAAAUAUGUGGGCAUCGAUUUAUACAAUAUUCUUUACCAGAUUCACAAUUAAUUAUAAGAUUAGCUGGUGGAAAACCAUCAUUAUUAUCAACAUCACUCUCUUCUACAUCAUUUUCAUCCUCACCAAAUACAUCUUUCUUGGAAAAUCAAAUGAAUCCAUUAAAAUCAUAUUGUAGUAUGGAUAAUGGUAAUGAUAAUAUUGCUAUGUCAUCACCUUUUUCUGUAACAUCAAAUAUAAAUUUAUAUGAACGUAUGUCAAAUGAAUCAUAUUCACAAUUAACAAAUAAUUAUGUAUCAGCAAUUGAAAAAAUAAAAGAAGUAUCAUCAUCAAUAGAUUUUUAUCAAAUUCCUCUUUCUACAUUUCAUGGUCAUCAGGGAAGUAUUAAAAAAAUUUGUAUAAUGGAUAAUGAGAAUUGUUUUAUUAGUGCUUCAUCAGAUAAAACUAUAAAACUUUGGUCAAUAAAGUCUUCAGAGGAUGUUUCACAAUGUCAAUGGAGCUAUAAAUAUCAUACUAAAUCUUUAUAUGAUGCAAGUAUUAUUGCAAAUGGUGGAUUAGUAGCAUCCACUGAUGGUAUAUUAAAUAUAUGGGAUCCAUUUAAAGGUUGUACUUUAAGUACAUUAGAUUGGUGUAAAACAACAAAACAAAAUGUUCCCAUAACUACUUUAUCUCCAUUAACAAAUUAUACAAUGUGCCUUUCAUCUAUAUCAGAUACAUUAAUUAAAUUAUGUGAUGUACGAACGGGAAAUUAUCUUUAUCAUAUUUGUCCAAUGAAUAUUACAAACAAUAGUUCCCAAUAUAAUAUUAAAACAAUGGCCUUAUCACCAUGUGAAAGUAAAAUUGUAGCAAGUUUAUAUAAUGGUAGUGUUGUAUUAUGCGAUAUAAGAACUGGAAAAAUAAUUUCAUUAUCAAUGCAAAGUCAUUCUGAUUGUUAUCAAAUAGAAUGGAUUUCAAUGACCAUGUUUGCAUGCCUUUUUACUGAUCAUCAUACAUCAAUAUGGACUAUAACACCAAGAUUAAGGUUAAUUAAUAAAUUACAAGAAAAUGCAUCAACAAUUAUACCAGAGAAUCCUAAUAUUUCUAAACAAUUUAUGACACUUUAUAAUAUGAAUCGAGUUAAAAUAUAUACUGAUAGUGAAACAUGUGAAAUUGAAAAAAAAAUACGUUCAGAUGAGAUAACAAGUGUAAUUUGUUCUGGGGCAAGAUUAUAUAUGAAUAAAAUGUGGUUAUUUGGAUCUUCUAAUGGUAUUAUAAAAUUAUACAUGUAA